AUGUUGUCUAGGAGUGGUGACCAUCAGACGGUCCCAUUAUCGGUCUUGUUAAAGCGGGAAUUGGCUAAUGAGAAGCUUGAGAACCCUGAGAUUUUGCAUGGGCAGGCCAGCCAGAGCAAGAAAGGCGAGGACUUUACGUUCCUCAAGACUGAAUGCCAACGGGUCCUGGCUGAUGGAGUCACCACUUAUUCUGUCUUUGGGUUAUUCGACGGUCACAAUGGAUCUGCAGCCGCUAUAUAUUCCAAGGAAAAUCUCUUGAACAAUGUCUUGGGUGCUAUUCCAUCAGAUCUUAACAGGGACGAGUGGGUUGCCGCAUUGCCAAGGGCUUUGGUUGCUGGGUUCAUCAAAACAGAUAAAGAUUUCCAAGAAAGAGCGCAAACUUCUGGAACCACAGUCACCUUUGUAAUAAUUGAUGGAUGGGUGGUAACUGUUGCAUCAGUUGGUGAUUCUCGUUGCGUACUCGAAUCUGCUGAAGGGGGAAUAUAUUAUCUAUCAGCAGAUCAUAGACUUGAAUGCAAUGAAGAAGAGAGGGAACGUAUAACAUCAAGUGGCGGUGAGGUUGGUCGGCUUAAUACUGGUGGUGGCACGGAGAUUGGUCCUCUGAGAUGUUGGCCUGGUGGCUUGUGCCUUUCGCGAUCUAUCGGAGAUAUGGAUGUUGGAGAAUUCAUAGUUCCCAUUCCUCAUGUAAAGCAAGUAAAGCUAUCAUCGGCCGGUGGCAGGCUUAUUAUCUCAAGUGAUGGUGUUUGGGACGCAUUAUCUGCGGAAAUGGCUUUUGAGUGUUCUCGAGGGUUGCCAGUAGAUGCCGCAGCUUCACAAAUUGUCAAGGAAGCCUUAUCCAUAAAAGGACUUCGAGAUGAUACAACCUGUAUUGUUGUGGAUAUUCAACUACCAGAGAAGCCAAAUCCUCCCCAACCACCACCUAAGAAACAAGGCAAAGGAGUCUUCAAGUCAAUGUUUCGAAAAAAAUCUUCAGAGUCAUCGUCUCAGAUUGACAAGGAAGAGUACUGCGAACCAGAUGUGGUGGAGGAACUCUUUGAGGAAGGAUCGGCUGUACUUUCAGAAAGGUUGGAUUUGAAGUACCCAAUCUGCAAUAUAUUUAAGCUCUUCAUGUGUGCGGUUUGCCAAGUAGAGAUAAAACCUGGAGAAGGUGUUUCCGUUCAUGCUGGAUCAUCUGAUUCUAGAAAAGUGCGGCCUUGGGAUGGUCCUUUCCUUUGCUUGAGCUGCCAGGAGAAGAAAGAAGCCAUGGAAGGGAAAAGACCUUCUGGAGAUGGGUCUAGAUACAGUAGUGGAAGUGAAUAG